CUGAGUAUCCACGUUAAAGAAAAGAAGAAUCUAUUGGAAGCAAGGAAAGCUUAUUAGUAGCGGCGUUGUAGGAAGAAGGAACCUAAAACAGUAAAACCCUGCUUCCAUUCUCUCAAGUCGCAACUGGUUUCAGCCUUCACCGCUCAUGGCUGAGCUCUCUACCGUUACACUCGGCGGCAAGGGCUCCUCCCUCUCUUCCUCCGCCGUUUCCGCCGUCUCCGCCAGCCUCGCCCAUGUCCGCAUUGAUACAUCUGCCCUCGACAGGCUCUCCUCCUCAUCGUCCUCUGCAACGCCCUCGUUGAAGCACACCAUCGCAAUCCCUAACUUCCUCUCCCUCUUCGAAAUCCGAGCCUUCCUCCUCGUACUUCUCAACAAGCUCCUCCUCACUCCCUCCUCUUCCAUUCGCCCUGACCUUCUUCUUCUCAUUUCCGAAUCCCUCAAUUCCAACCCCAACGCUUUCCGAUUCGAAGAUCUCCAAGUCACUCAAGACGAGUUGCUCGUUCUCAACAACGCUUCUUCGGCAUUGCUUGGAGUUUCAGCUAUUUUGGACCACCAAUCCGCCGCAUUGACGUCCUUCUCCGAUGUCGCCGCCGCGCUGUCCUGCGAGGCCUCAAAAGCCGACGUGGCCGCCUUCAAUUUGAUGGAUUCUGGUGACGGUCAUACUUCCAAGGAGGAAGUUGGAGUCGCAAGUGAUAUGAGGGUUCUGCUUAACGGAUCCAAGCUGGUGGGAAAGGAGAAGAUUGGAGCGGUUGCCAAGGUUCCAAAGAUUCAUGGAACUUUGAGGGAACAGGUUAAAUCGGUGCAUUCAAAGAUGCGAGUUGAGUUAAAUUCGGGUUUUAAAUUGGCUGAAAUUCAGGCUGCUAGUGAUGGAACUGAACAAGCUGUCUCCACUGUGCUAUUGUCAUUGGCAGCGGCAUUGAGGGAACUUGGUGAGUGUAGUUUUCUGCGUGCUAAAAAUAAUUUGGAGUCCAUAAGCAGUGAUGAUUUGAAAUCGAGCAUUGGGGAGAUGUUUGGAAAGGAAUGCCCCACUGAUGCUAGCUUAGGUAGUGGUUUCAAUGCGGCUUUGGGCUUGGUUUUAGGAAAGGACUAUGUUAAGUUUGCAGGCAAAGUCAACGUGCUAUUGGGGUCUGUUUGGAAGAUUGUGGCAUGGGAAGUUGUAACUGCCUUUGCUGUACUUGAAGGUGCGGAGCUGAAUGAAAAGGGUCAAGGGGUUCAGGGCAAUGCAGAGAAUUCAAAAGCAGACAAGAAGAAGAAGAAGGUUGUUUUGGGCAAAGGAACUAGUAUGAUUUUGCCAUUGAUUAAGGACGGGUUGCAGAGUAAAAGAGCGGCUGCUGUUGAGAAUUCAGGGUUGUUAGAGACAAUGGUGGGAAACUUUCAAUUGUUUUUGGAUUCAGCCGAACCUGAGUUUAAUGGAUUUUUAUUGAAGGUAAAGGAUAUUCUGGAAAGCAAUGAAAGCAGAAGAUUGCCCAAGAUCCCUAAGGGAACUCGUGAUUUUGCUAAAGAGCAAAUGACAAUUAGAAAGAAGGCAUUUUCAAUAAUAGAACAAGUCUUUGAGAGGCAUGGCGCCACAGCCUUGGAUACCCCUGUUUUUGAGUUGCGAGAAACUCUAAUGGGGAAGUAUGGAGAAGAUUCAAAGUUGAUUUAUGAUCUUGCUGAUCAGGGUGGGGAGCUCUGUUCAUUGAGGUAUGACUUGACAGUUCCAUUUGCUAGGUUUAUGGCCAUGAAUGGUCUGACAUCUUUAAAAAGGUACCAAAUAGCUAAGGUCUACAGAAGAGACAACCCAUCAAAGGGAAGAUACCGUGAAUUUUACCAAUGCGACUUUGAUAUUGCUGGACCAUCUGAAAAAAUGGCUCCAGACUUUGAGGUUGUUAGAGUUUUGACUGAAUUGCUUGAUGAGCUUGACAUUGGGGAAUAUGAGAUAAAGUUGAAUCAUAGGAAGUUACUGGAUGGCAUGAUGGAAAUAUGUGGAGUACCACCUGAGAAGUUUAGGACUAUAUGCUCUAGCAUUGACAAGUUAGACAAACAGUCUUUUGAACAGAUAAGAAAAGAAAUGGUGGAAGAGAAAGGGUUAACUGCUGAGACUGCAGAUAGAAUUGAAACUUAUGUGAAAGAAAAAGGAUCUCCAUUAGCAUUAUUAUCUAAACUUAAACAAGAGGGCAGUGCUUUCUUAGAACAUGGUGGAUCUGCUGAUGCAUUGAAUGACCUGGAAAUUUUAUUUAAAGCCCUGGAUAAAUCUAAAUGCAUUGAUAAUGUGGUUUUUGACUUGAGUCUUGCUAGGGGCCUUGAUUAUUAUACUGGAGUUAUAUAUGAAGCUGUUUUUAAAGGGGGUGCUCAGGUUGGUUCAAUUGCUGCUGGUGGUCGAUAUGAUAACUUAAUAGGAAUGUUUGGCUCAAAGCAAGUUCCAGCAGUUGGUGUAAGUCUUGGAAUUGAGAGAGUAUUUGCGAUAAUGGAGCAACAGCAGAAGGAUCAGAACCAGGUGCCGCGGCCAAACAAGACAGAAGUGCUAGUGAGCAUAUUAGGGAAUGACUUGACACUAGCUGCAGAGCUGGCAGGUGAAUUGUGGGACACCGGUGUGAAAGCAGAGUUCUUGGUGAAUAAAAGAAGACAGAAGCACUUUGACUUUGCCAAAGAAUCAAGGAUUCCAUGGAUGGUGAUAGUUGGUGAGCAAGAAAUAAAGGAAGGUGUUGUGCAAUUGAAAAACUUGGAGGCUAGUAAUGAUGUAACCAUUCCUAGAGAUCAAUUUGCGGAGCAAGUUCGAAGUAGGUUAAACCCAUGAAGGGCAAGGCCCCUACAGGAUUGUUUUCUGGAUCAGCAUUCAUAUCUUCAUAUUAUGAAAAGGUAGUGUUUGUGUUGAGUGAUCAGAGAUUAGAACUAAAAUUUCAAUUUCGGGACACAAAAUUUAAGUCCCUUCAAUACCUUCAGAAAAUGGUGACACAUAAUUGAAAUUUUAAUAACAUUUUUUUUCAAAAAUACCUUCAUUCAACUUUUUCAAAUUUCAUGUUUAACUGCACCGCCCCUUUCCUCCCAAACCAUGCUCCCUCUCCUACAACUUCCAUCUCAACUGCCGCUGCUCCCCUCGUCGGCAGCAAAUCUACCGGAGAACCAACCAGCAGAGAAACUGAAGGAACACCUCAAGCUCUCACUUGUGCCGCUUGUGGCUGCAACAAAAGCUUCCAUAAGCUUUAAGUUUGAACGGAGGCUGUCACCAACCAUGGCCCCUAUGGCCAAAGCUUACAAGGACAACGUUGAUGAAUUCGUCAUAACAUACUAUCCUAUGUUGAGUUUUUUUUCUUGAAUUUUGAUUUUAAGUUUUUGUAAUGAUUUGGGGUUUUAGUUUAUGUUGCCCAUAUAUUUCUAUCUUCGAUGUUUUUGUAAUAGUGAAGUUAAUUAUAUUGUAAUCUAUUUUCCUUUAACACUAGAACCACUUGAGAAGAGGGAAAUAGAGAACAGAUUUUUUCUCCUCAAGAAUGCAUAGGUAUUGCAAAUUGGUUGAA